GUCAGUGUGUGUGUGUGUGUGUGUGUGUCGGCAUGGCUGCGUCUCACGGUAAGGGCGAGCUCCGGCACGCGGACUGGAUGUCCAACCUCCCCGCCAACCUGCACGCGCUCCCGCUCACCAACCUCGCCAUACCGGGAUCCCAUGAUUCCUUCAGCUUCUACAUUGACGAAGCAUCUCCUGUUGGACCAGAACAACCUGAAACAGUACAGAAUUUUGUCUCAGUUUUUGGAGCUGUGGCUAAAAAAUUGAUGAGGAAAUGGCUCGCAACGCAAACCAUGAACUUUUCUAGCCAGUUAGAGGCCGGGAUUAGAUUUUUUGACCUUCGCAUCUCCACCAAACCUCGAGAUCCUGAAAAUGAGCUGUACUUCGCUCAUGGCCUCUUCAGCGCCACCGUACGCGAAGGCUUGGAGCAGAUCAAUGCUUUUCUUUCCUCCCAUGCUCGAGAAAUUGUCUUUCUGGACUUUAAUCAUUUUUAUGGUGUGCAGAACCUGCAUCAUGAAAAGUUGGUCCAGAUGCUGCGUACCGUUUUUGGAGAUCGUCUCUGUCCUGUGGUUUUUGCUGAAGAAGUGAGUCUGAAGUAUUUAUGGGAGAAGGAGUACCAGGUGUUGGUGUUUUACCACAGCCCGAUGGCCCUGGAGGUACCAUUUCUGUGGCCGGGUCAGAUGAUGCCAUCUCCAUGGGCCAACACCACCGACCCAGAAAAACUCAUUCAGUUCCUCCAGACCUCAGUGACCGAGCGCAGACGGAAAGGAACGUUUUUUGUUUCCCAGGUGGUUCUGACACCCAAAGCAAGCACCGUGAUGAAAGGAGUUACCAGUGGACUUAGAGAGACCAUCACAGAGAGAGCUCUUCCAGGGAUGAUGCAAUGGAUUCGUUCCCAGCGUCCGGGAGAAAAUGGUGUUAACAUUAUCACGGCUGAUUUUGUGGAGCUUGGCGAUUUUAUAAGCGCUGUUAUUACUCUUAAUUAUUAUCUGGGUGAGGAUGAUGAAGAAGACGCCACCUGAACCCCUGCGUCAAACUGCACUCAUUGAUUUCUUGUGCUAGUUUUAAGUUUUGAAAAAUCGCCUUCCUCUCUGGUUUUAGGGCUAACGAAACAAAUUAAGGGCAUGAAUUAUCGAAAUUCAGAAGGCAGGAGUAGUGUGUGUAUGUUUUAGGCAUGUAUCGUUUAUUCGAUAGCAUUUAAGUUCCAUGACAUGUUCUUAUAUUUCACACCCAGAAUAUUGGUAUCUUAAAGACAUUGAAAUAGUAUAACUGUCCAGGAGGAACGUGGCCUUGGUAAAGGAGAUAAAGACUGUCUCUUUUGGAACAGAGAGUACGGAAGGUCAUUAAAGUAUUUUGGAUAGAUUUGGAGCAUUGUCUCGUUUCCUCUCUGAGAAGAUAAUCAUUACAUUGUAUUUCUUGGACGAGGUGGCAGAUCAGACUCCAUCAAGGCUCUAAAUCAUUUUUUAGUCAUUAGUUAUGUUGUAAUAAAAAAUAAUAAUAAUAUUGUGAUAUGAGUCCAUAAUAUCAGCAAAUGGUUACCGUGUGUCUGACACGAUGGUGAACCAUUAUUUUACGUACUCUUCUCCGCAUUCCGUCUGCAGCAUUAAUAAACUGUGCAUUCGCUUCUAAUCAGUAACAUAUUACCGCAUUUCAUGGUGAAUAAGUGUUGUUUGUAUGGUGAAUUUGAUGGUAGUAGGUUUAACUGCUGUAGUGUUGGUAAUUUGUAUGAGUGUUCAAAAUGAUCUGUCAUGCCAAAAAAAAAGAAAGAAAAAUCAUUAAGUUGUACUUGAGUAUUAAGUGUUUGAUGAUAUGAUCAUUCCCGGUAUUACCUUAAUGACUUCAGCACAUCAUGCUAUCUGGUUUCUGAUAUUUUAUUUAUAUCUCAUUUGACAUGAUUUUUUUUUUAAAAAAAAGAUUGUAAAAUAUUUUACGGAACGUUGUUUACCUGGAGAUGUUUGGAUUUUUU